AUGACCGAGGAGAACGCUUUCUACGGCGUUUUCUUUACCUGCUACAUCAUCGCGGCGAACUUUAUGAUGAUGUCUUUGUUCAUCGGUGUCCUCGUUGACACGCUGACCGCCGCGGCCAACACGGCGGAUUUGACGCUGAUUCAGUCAAUUCGGGAAAACCAGCUGAAAAUGAGUCAGGAAUUGACAGAGGUGUUCCACAAAGUAGAUGCGGACGGAUCCGGGUCGGUCACGGUGGAGGAGUUCAAGAAUGCGGUAAAAUCGAGUAAGGCUUUGAUGCAAAAGGUGACCAACCUGCACGUGCAAGAAGAGGAACUGGAGUGGCUCUUUCGGGUGUUGGACACGGAUGGAAGUGGCGAGCUAUCCGUGGACGAGUUUGUCUCCGGGAUAUUGUUAACCCGCGACAGCGAGAUGAGCAGUAGAUUCCUCCAGUUGGAAAACACAUUAUUACGCGAAAUACGCGGCUCGUUUCAGACCGCCUUAAAAAACUCCGGAGCUUUGAUGGCGCCACCGGUUCUCGGGCCGCCGGCCCCGGAAGAACAAAUGGGCGGGGGUUAUUUUCAAGCACCAAUGUCGGGAGAAGCAGGAUUAAGCAAGAAAUUGGAGUAGAACCACUAUAGUAGUAAGAGAGGAAGAACAUAUAUUGUUAAAUCACCGAGGUGCCCCUGCUGCCUUUUUGAAACCACUGCCAAUUGGAGUUGCAAUUUCCCAAUGUAAUUACGAGAAAGAUCCCAUGUGAAUAAACUGUCCGCUAGAUGAUAGUUUAUUCUUCUUCUAGGGCCUUAUGCAUUGUAUUUUCCUAUGCGCUUGUUUUCUAGCAUCAAGAACAACCAGGUAACCCGCAAGCGGAGACCGAUCAAGCAAAGGCAUCGUUUCUGUUUGCGUUUGCCUCCAGACGUCGAGAAGCCUCAUUUAUUUUCCUCGUGCAUGACAAUCAAUGGAUAAUUUGAUAUCUUCGCGCCCCGCUAGUACAACAACUUGUAGUUCAAAGAAGUCCGACCACAAAUAAGUACUGUAUCGGCAAGUUUGCUUGCUCUUGCAGAGCUGCCACAGCUCGCUAAGGUUCGUUUGCAGUUCCUGUUCCUCGA